AUGAAAUUAGUUAAGGAAAUUUUACGUUUGGCAUCGGUAAUAAACGUAAACCUCUUCCGAAAAGCUGACUCGGACACAGAAAUAGGUGGAUUUCCUGUGCCAAAAAACACAGCAGUGUCAGCGGAAUUGUCUCUCAUUCUCAGUGAUGAGAAAAGGUUCCCGAAUCCCGAUGUGUUCGACCCAUCCAGAUUCAUAAACGAUCCAUCAUUAUCUUCAAUAGUAGUUCCGUUCGGGUUGGGCAGGAGGGUAUGCCUUGGAGAAUCGCUAGCCAGAGCUGAGCUGUACUUGGUAAUAAUAUUUGCCCCAUUAUUAGAUCAAAUAUUUAGAUCACCGGCAAUGUUCUACUUCGUUAUUCUCUUCGAGGUGUUGGAGGGCCUCCACCAGCAGCAGAAAUCAACAAGUUUGGCAUCAUGCGGAAGCCCCAACAUUUUGAACUAA